CAAAACGUCAAAAAAAUUGUUAUGAAAAUAAUUGCAAAAAUUGAAUUGAAAAUAACUUUUUUCUAUAUAUAUUUAUAUAGGCAUAUUUAAGCAAUCAAAAUGGUAGGACAUCUCAUGUUGCUAAAAAUAUUACAUUACAAAUUACAUGGCAAAAAAAGAACGAGAAAUAAUGAAAAGUUAGAAAUUAGUAAUAGUUCUUCAGAAACAAAGGUACCAUUUAUUAAAAAGGAAAUUAACUAUGUUGAUGAUAUGCAAACUACUUGUAGAGUUUGCUUAAAAGAAGGAGACAUUCCUAUUUAUGGUAACGAGAUAGCAGAAGAUAUUUCAAAAGACCUUUGCACGUUUGGAGAAAUUGAAGUCUCUGCUGACGAUAAUUAUCCUAAAUUUAUCUGCCAAGCCUGCAAUGUACUCCUGCAAAAUGCAUUAUUACUUAGAAAAACAGCACAACAGUCGGACAAGAUUCUACGUCAGCCACAUGAAAAUGACAACGACGACAAUUUAAUGAGAAACGACGAUUUUAGCUGCUUCGAGGAAAAUGGGGCUAAAAAUCAAUCAAGUGAAUACUAUUGCAGAAAAUGUGACUUAAAUUUUAAUACUUUUGAAGAAUACAGUGGACAUAGGCUAUCGGAUGAACAUGAAAACAUGCGACAAACAUGUCCGAUUUGCAAGAAUUCCUAUGCUACAUUAUAUUUUAGAAGGCAUAUGGCUCUACAUAAGGUAGAUACACCAUACAUGUGUGAUAUAUGUGGAAAGAAAUUUAUUGUUCAAGGUCAGUUUACAAGACAUCGAAUGACUCAUUUCUAUAAUCUUCCGUUUGAAUGUUCAUUGUGUCCUUAUAGGGGGAGGUUUAAAGAGUCCUUGAAAAUGCACAUGCGCUCCCACACUGGAGAGAAGCCGUACCAAUGCAGUCAGUGUCCAGCUCGUUUUGUUAACAAAAGUAAUCUUAACAAACACUUGCUCACUCAUAAAGGGGACCAUGAUUUCAAAUGUGAAUCAUGCGGAAGAGGGUUUUAUACCAAAAGAGAUUUGGAUUUGCAUUUCAAAGUAGAUCAUACUGGCAUAAAAGACCAUGUGUGCAAUAUAUGUGGGAAAGCAUUUGGGUAUAGGAAACAGAUGAUGAAACAUCAGCUUAAAGUUCAUAAAAGGGAGAAAUUUAGAAGUGGACGUAUGCCUCUAUAUUUGCAGUAUGAGUCUAAAAAAGACUUGCCUGAAUGAUUUAAUUAAUAAGUUAUAUUUUAUAUAGUAAACGUAGAACUAUACUAGCCGAGGAUUUAUAUUCAUUAUU